UCACAGCUCAGCUCAGCCUCCUGUUUGGGCUGGGAGGGAGGGGGAGACCCAGGGGCCAGACACACCCCUUGCCUAGGGCCCCCAGAGCCCUACUGGACCCACUGCUGGACAGACAGACACAGUUACCCCUAGUGUCUACGUACGCUCCCCUCCCAGGGGCUCAGCCCAGCCCUACUGAACCCACAACUGGACAGAGGGACAGAGGAACAGACGGACACCCAGUGGUGUGAGAGCUGGUCGGGGACUGAGGAGCUGGGAGCCCUGGACUAUAUGACUUGCUGUGUGACUGAGGAAGUCCUUCUACCUCUCUGGGCUCCAAUCUCUUCCUCUGCAAAAUGGGGAACCUGAGCCCUGGGCCGUGGUGGCAGAGCCCGGGCAGUAACCGGAGCAGGCUGGCCCAGAGAACCAGGCUCCUGCAAGGGAGGCAGCAGGAGGGGCCGGGCCUUGCUCACCCCCCCAGCCUGCUCUAGGGCUCCUGGGAGAGCCGGACCCAGGCAAGGGUUACUGUGCAAGUACAAUAAGAAACCGAGGACAUUACCAAUGAGAAAGUAGCUUGAAAAAAUAGGCCCCACUGGUCCCCUUCCUUAAGGAUGGGCAUCAAGACUUCGCUGCCCCCUCCUGAGCUGGCCAUCUAUGUCCUGGUUCUUGUGGGUGCCCUGGGCUAUGCUGGCAAUGGGCUCUUUGAGGCAUCUCGAGAAAACAUGAACAGGAAGGCCUUCAGGGAGUCAGUGAAGCCUGGCUGGCAUUACAUUGGACGAAAGAUGGAUGUAGCAGAUUUCGAGUGGGUGAUGUGGUUCACCUCCUUCCGUAACAUCAUCAUUUUUGCCCUCUCAGGGCACGUGCUCUUUGCCAAGAUCUGCUCCAUGAUCGCCCCACAGUUCCGCUCAUGGAUGUACGCAGUGUACGGGGCCCUAGCUGUGCUGGGGACCAUGGGCUCCUCCUAUAUGCUGCUCCUGUUGGCCCAUUGCGUGGGUCUGUACACCAUUUCCUUGCUCAAACAGCGGUGGCUUUGCUUUACCCUGGGGCUCGCCAGUCUGGCUUCUUUCAAGCUGGAGCCAGCCAAUUCAUGGCAGAGCGGGUUUGUAACGGGCACUUUUGAUCUUCAAGAUGUGCUGUUUUACGGGGGCAGUGGCUUCACGAUUUUCCGAUGUAUGAGCUUUGCCCUGGAGAACUGUGCUCGACCAGAAGGCAAUUACUCCUUCCUGGACCUGCUCAAAUACAACUUCUAUCUCCCUUUCUUCUUCUUUGGACCCAUCAUGACCUUUGACAAGUUCCAUGCCCAGGUGAGCCAGCUGGAGCCUGUUCGAAGGGAGUGGGAAAUGUGGCAGAUCCGUACCCAGGCCGGACUCAGCCUGGCCUCCAUUGUGGCUGUGGACGUAUUCUUUCAUUUCUUCUACAUCCUUACCAUUCCUAACGACCUCAAGUUCACCAGCCGGCUCUCAGACUGGGCCCUAGCGGGCCUGGCCUACUCCAAUCUGGUGUAUGACUGGGUGAAAGCAGCUGUGAUGUUUGGCGUCGUGAACACUGUGGCCCGACUGGAUCAUCUGGACCCGCCCCACGCACCUAAGUGCAUCACAGCCCUCUAUGUCUUUGCAGAAACGCACUUUGACCGUGGGAUCAAUGACUGGCUGUGCAAAUAUGUCUAUGACGCUGUUGGUGGGGAGCACCAGUCCGUGGGUCCAGAGCUGGGGGCCACGCUGUCCACCUUUGCCAUCACCACCUUGUGGCUAGGGCCGUCUGAUAUUGUCUACUUGUGGUCUGCCCUGAACUGUUUUGGUCUCAACUUUGAGCUCUGGGUACAGAAGCUUGCUGAGUGGGGACCAGUGGCCCAAGCAGAGGCCUCCAUGUCGGAGCAGAUGUCUCGGAGAGCUCGGGCUCUCUUUGGGGCUGCAAACUUCUGGUGCAUCAUCGUGUACAACCUCAUGUCUCUGAACAGCCUGGAGUUCAUGGAGUUAGUGAUCAGACGCCUAGUGCUCACAGGAUUCCCCCAAAGCACCUUGGUCAUCCUGUUUGUCACCUACUGUGGUGUGCAACUCAUUAAAGAAAGAGAGAGACUCCAGGCCCUAGCGGAAGAGAAGGAAGCUGCCAAAGAGAAGGCUGCAUAGGGAGGAAAAGGAAGAAGAAAAAGAAGAGGAAGAGGAGGAAAAAGAGGUGGAGGAGGAGGCAGAAGAGAGGAACCUGUACUAUCACCACCCCUAGCCUUCCCCCAAGACCCUCCAAGCAGCCUGAGCAGCCCCUUUGCUCCCGCCCUCCCUCCCCCAGCACUGCCCUGACUCCCUGGGUUCUAGGCCACAAAGGAGGCAAAGCCUUUGAGACGGAAUAAAAAUUUUUGCUACAACA